CAACGAGAGGAUUCAGAGCAGAUAAAAUACCGUUCAAUAAAUAAUUUACCCUAUGAUGGGAGUCUAAACGUAAAGAGCCAGUGUGGUAGUGUUGGUCGAUGUCGUUUCAACUCCCCACGCCUCCCUCAGUUUCCUCUGUAAGUGAUUGUCUUGUUUCCACACACUGAUCUGAAUGCACUUCAGGACAGCAUGACUAGCGGAUACAAGGACGGGACACCUGAAGAGGAAUACACGCACUCACCUUUUAUCAGGAAACAGGGCAACAUUUACAAACCAAAUAAUAAAGAAAUGGAUAACGACAGCAUCAACGAAAAGACUCUACAUGAUGUCCACACUAAAGAGAUUGACCUGGUCAACCGGGACCCGAAGCAUUUAAAUGACGAUGUGAUUAAGGUGGACUUUGAGGAUGUGAUCGCAGAACCUCCCGGCACCUACAGCUUUGACGGCAUAUGGAAAGCCAGCUUCACAACCUUCACAGUAACCAAAUACUGGUGCUACAGGCUGCUGACGGCCCUGGUCGGCAUCCCGCUCGCUCUCGUAUGGGGCAUCUUCUUUGCCAUCCUCUCCUUCAUCCACAUCUGGGCUGUGGUGCCGUGCGUGAGAAGCUACUUUAUUGAGAUCCACUGCAUCAGUCGAGUCUACUCCAUCUGUGUGCACACCUUCUGCGACCCGCUAUUCGAAGCCAUGGGGAAAUGCUUCAGCAGCGUCCGGAUCACCACCACAAAAGUGGUGUAGGCCGGAACUGGGAACGGUUGGCGACCAGUGGGAUCGGGUGGGAUGGGGCAAUGGAAAACAAUGUCCAACACAGGGAUAUGAAGCUUAGAAAAAUCCUUUUUAAGGGUGAUACAAAAGGUGCGGUUGUUGAGGGCUCGCACUGUAUUUUGGUGGUCAUUAGAUUAUAUAAUCCUCUCUGCUUGUGUUCAGUGAGUCUUUGAUAUUUGUUUUGGAUCCCUUUGGACAUAAGAUCUGUUGCCCGAUAAUUUUGUAAUUCGCCUUUUUGGUUUACCAUUAUAGGAACACCGCCUGACUUGGGACAAGGCUGUGAAUUUGAUUUCUGUGUUCUCUUUUUUUGACUUAUGCAUCCACUUCGUUGGUUCAUAAUAGUUUUUGUUUAAUAGUUUAACUACGUUCAAACUAGAUGUGUAUGGUCACCCUUAUUUGUGGUCAUCAUAUGGGGUGCAAUCCAAAGUAUUUUGUUUUUGGGAGAGGGGUUGGGGUUAUUUCGAAGAAAACGUAGGCAUGACAUCAAGACUGCCCAUCACACUGCAUGUUGCCACUGAAUUUGUUGGUUGGGGUAACAGAGGUGCCCUCGCUGAACCCUUUGUCAUAUUAACAAAGAGACUGUUCCUGACUCUGUGACACAUAAUGCUUCAAAGUAGUUGUCAUGGCAACAACUUUAUGAGUGGCAGGGUGUACAACAUCCAUGCAAACUUUUUUUUUUAUAAAAGCACAUUAUCACAGCUUUUACAUAAACACAUAUUUGCCAUCUUUGAAGAUGAAGUACUUUUUUUGGAAAUAAUUAUUUUUUUGCAUUAUGAAGUGACAUCAUUUGGUUUUGCAUUUUAUCCUUGCAAAUGUAAGCAAACCUUUCUGCAUUUCUCUGUGUUCACAGCUGGACACAAAUACACACACUUACACACACACUGGCAAAGACUGGCAGCACACAAAAUUUUCCAGCCCCAUAUGCUGCUGCAAAAGUAAAGUGGGGUAUAGUAUUUUGUACUGACAUUAAGCUUACUUUUAAGUCACCUUUUUAUCUAGUUGCUUUGACUUAAUCACCUGCUUGUCUAUCUGCUGUCUUGGUAGUUAUUGCAAUGCCUGAUUCUGCCUCGGUAGAUGAGAUCAUAUUUUUAUAUGAAAAAUUGAAAUUCUUUUCCCUUGCUUUUAUUGUAAAAAUCACAUAAUGCCGUGCACAUUAAAGAAAAUUUAAUAUAAA